AUGACCGACAAGUCUCUGGGGACGCUGGUGAUCUCCCUGCAGCAGCUACAGACUGCAGGGCAUUUGGUGCUUCAGGAGGCCCUAGUGGAUGAGAAUCUGCGCGUGUCCUCGAUCCAGGUGGAGAUGAUUGACCUGAAGUACCAGCCCCCAGAGGGUGAAACUGGAGCCUGGGCAGAAGAGGACUUUGGAGCACCCAUUCGGGACAGCUCGGAGCUGAUCAUUCCCAAUGUGGGCUUCCAGGAGCUGCAGCCUGGGGAGGCCCCGCUGGAGCGGUGGGCAGCGGCGUUGGGCCGCAGGCUAGCUCGAGGAGUAGGUCAGCAGGACGAUGAGGCCAAUGAGCUGGAGCUGGAGCUGGAGGACGAGCCUGAUGUGGAGCUUUCUGGCAUCGUGUUCAGCCCCCUCAAGAGCUAAGCUCGGGGCCUGGCCCGCGGGGAUCCCUUCCAGGUAUCCAGGGCCCAGGACUUCCAGGUGGGGGUCACGGUGCUCCAGGCCCGGAAGCUGGUGGGAGUCAACAUUAAUCCCUAUGUGGCCGUGCGCGUUGGGGAGCAACGCCGAGUGACCGCCACGCAGCGCAGGACAAAUUGCCCCUUCUUCAACGAAUACUUCUUGUUUGAAUUUCAUGAGACCCGGCUUCACCCCCAGGACUUGCUGCUGGAGAUCGCGGUGAGGGGGGUAAGGGUGAGAGGUUUCCGUCAGAGAAGGGGAGAUGCCGAAGCUCCAGGACUAACGCCACUUCCCCAGGCUUUCCAUUCGCAGACCCUCCCCUUUAUGGCCACCCGGAUAGGCACCUUCAGGAUGGACCUGGGCAUUAUCUUCGACCAGCCAGAUGGCCACUUCUGUCAGAAAUGGGCUUCUCUGCACGACCCCCGGGAUACACGCGCCGGGACCAAAGGCUUCGUCAAGGUCACUUUGUCCGUGAGGGCGCGCGGAGACCUGCCCCCUCCGCUGCCACCCCCGGGCCCAGGCCACAGUUCGGACAUUGAGAAGAACCUGCUGCUGCCGCGUCGGCUGCCAGCGGAGAGGCCGUGGGCGCGGCUGCGAGUGAGCGUGUACCGCGCCGAGGGGCUUCCGGCGCUGCGCCCCGGCCUGCUGGGCAACCUGGCCCGCGCCCUGCACGACCAGCGCGUCCUCAUGGACCCCUAUGUGCAGGUGUCUUUCCUGGGGCAGCAGGGCGAGACGUUGGUGCGCGGCGAGGCGACGGCGCCCGAGUCGAACGAGCAGCUGAGCUUCGUGGAGCUCUUGCCGCCGCUGACGCGCGGCCUUCGUCUGCAGCUACGGGACGACGCGCCCCUGGUCGAUGUGGCCCUCGCCACGCACGUGCUGGACCUGAGGCAGAUCUCGCAUCCGGGCCGGGAGGCGGGGUUUAACCCUACCUCCGGCCCGGCCUGGGUCCCUCUCUAUGGCUCACCCCCCAGCGGGGAGCUCCGGGAUGGUCCUCAAAGUCUCAAUGAAGGCGUUGGCCAAGGCAUUUGGUUCUGCGGCCGCCUGCUGGUGCCUGUAUCCAUGGAAGUGUUGGAAGGGAGAGCUGAACCUGAGCCUCCCCGGGCCCCACAGGGGUCCAGGUUGUCCCGGCUCAUGGGAAAGAAGAAGAAAGCCAGGCGCAGCCAGACUCCAGCGGGGAUUCAGCAGCACCCGGAUGCCAGCUCCAGUGCUGAUGUGCCUGAGAUUCCUAGAGCAAUGGAGGUGGAGGUGGAGGUGGAGGAGUUGCUGCCGCUGCCAGAGAACGCCCUGGCGCCCUGCGAAGAUGACUUGCUCUUCACUGUGCUCCUCAAGGCCACCAUGAUGGACCCCGCCAUGGCCUCCCAGCCCAUCAGCUUCGAGAUCUCCAUGGGUCACGCAGGUCUCCGGAAGGAGCAAUUGAGCCGAGGGUCCAGGGCCGGGGAGGGAGCAGAGGGUGCGGAAGGGGAGGCACAACCUCUGCUGGAAUUGGAAGUGGGAGUCGGGCCAGUGGAGGAGGAGGAGCUGGACCCUGCUCAGCGGCCUGAGCCCAUGGAAGGCAGCGGGCCGUACUUCUGCUUGCCCCUGCGUCACCACAAGCCCUGCGUGCACGUGUGGAGCCGCUGGGAGGACCACUCGUGGAGCCUGCAGAGCACUAAGUGCGUGCAAAAAGUGGCUGAGAGGCUGCAGGCACCUGGGGCAGCCAAGCUGGAGCUCUUCCUGGGGCUGGAGCUGGGUAAGCAAGCGAAGGCCUGCACCUCAGAGCUCCCCCCAGACCUGCUGCCUGAGCCCUCGGCUGGGCUGCCCCUCAGCCUGGACCGGGACGACUUCAGCUACUUCCAGCUCCAGGCUCACUUGUACCAGGUCCAAGGUGUGCUGACAGCAGGUGACAGUGGGCUCUCGGACCCCUUUGCUUGAGUCCUCAUCUCUACCCAGUGCCAGACCACACGGGUCCUGGAGCAGACGCUGAGCCCCCUGUAGGAUGAACUCGUGGUGUUUGAUCAGUUAAUCGUGGACGGGAAGAGGGAGCAUCUGCAGGAGGAGCCCCCACUAGUGAUUGUCAAUGUCUUUGACCACAAUAAGUUUGGCCCCUCUGUGUUCCUGGGCAGGACGCUGGCCACCCCGAGGGUAAAGCUGAUGGAGGACCCUUACCAGCGUCCUGAGUUGCAGUUCUUCCCCCUGAGGAAGGGGCCCCGGGCAGCCGGGGAGCUCAUCGCCACCUUUGAACUCAUUGAACUGGACUGCAGUAGCCGACUUGAGCCCUCAGUGCCCAGUGAUGUGGAGCCCCAGGACCUGACCGCCCUGGUUGAUCCCCUCUCCGGACGCCUAUCCCUGCCACCGCACGUGCGCCCGGUGCUUUGGGAGUUCCAUGUUGAGGUACUGUUCUGGGGUCUGAGGGGCCUUGGCCGUGUGCAUAUGUUUGAGGUGGAGCAGCCCCAGGCUGUGCUGGAGGUGGCCGGUCGGCGAGUGGAGUCCGAGGUCCUGACCAGUUACCGUGAGAACCCCAAUUUCACUGAGCUCGUCAGGCAUCUGACAGUGGACUUGCCAGAGCAGCCUUAUCUGCAGCCCCUCAGCAUCCUGGUGAUUGAGCGCCGGGCCUUUGGCCGCACAGUGCUCGUGGGUUCCCACAUUGUCCCCCAUAUGCUGAGAUUCACACUCCGGGGUCAGGAGGAUCCCCCUGAGGAGGAAGGAGAGGAGGAGACAGGGGACCUGGUGCCCAAGGCACCUCAAGAACGGAGGUCCCGGGAUCCCUUCUUGGCUGAAGUGGGGAUACCCAGACAGCUCCUAAAGGCUCCUCUGGAGAAGCUCCCUCUGGGAGGCCUCCUGAAUCAAGGCCCAGAGCUGGAGGAGGACAUCCCAGAUCCUGAAGAGCUCGACUGGUGGUCCAAGUACUAUGCACUGCUGCAGGAGCUCCAGGGGCAGACCAACUUUGAUGAGGGUGAAAUGGAUGAUGCUGGGGAUUCAGAUGGGGACAACCUCCUUUCUGUGGAUGGGGAAGCCCAAGACCAGGGUGAGGCUGAAGUCAAAGGCUCUGUGUCCCAGAAAAAAGCCAUCGCCACUCUGAAGGUUUACAACAGCUCCCUGGAAGAAGAGUUUAACCACUUUGAAGACUGGCUGAAUGUGUUUCCCCUGUAUCAAGGGCAAGGGGGUCAGGAUGGAGGUGGAGAGGAAGAAGGGUCUGGAAACCUUGUAGGCAAGUUCAAGGGCUCCUACCUCAUUUACCCUGAAUCAGAGGCAGUGUCCUUCUCUGAGCCCCAGAUCUCCAGGGGGAUCCCACAGAAUCAGCCCAUCAAGCUCCUAGUCAGAGUAUAUGUUGUAAAGGCUACCAACCUGGCUCCUGCGGACGCCAACAGCAAAGCAGACCCCUAUGUGGUGGUGAGCGCUGGCCAGGAGCAGCUGGACACCAAGGAGCGCUACAUCCCCAAGCAGCUGAACCCCAUCUUUGGAGAGGUCCUAGAGCUCAGUAUCUCUCUCCCUGCUGAGCCAGAGCUGACCGUGGCUGUGUUUGAUCAUGACCUCGUGGGUUCUGAUGACCUCAUCGGAGAGACCCACACUGAUCUGGAAAACCGAUUCUAUAGCCACCACAGAGCAAACUGUGGGCUGGCGUCCCAGUAUGACGUGGACAGCUACAGUGCCUGGCGUGACGCAUUUUGGCCUUCGCAGAUCCUGGCGGUGCUGUGCCUACCCUGUGGUCUCCCCCCACCUGAAUACUGAGCCGGGGCUGUCAAGGUGGGCAGCAAACUCUUUCUGACACCGCCAGAGACCCUGCCCCCAGGUAGUGGGGACUCCAAGGUGGCAAGUGAGGUCCCUGAGGAGGCCCAGGCAUUGCUGGUGCUGCGGCGCUGGCAGGAGACGCUGGGGCUUGGGAUCCAGCUGGUACCUGAGCAUGUAGAAACACGGCCCCUCUACCAUUGCCGCAGCCCAGGGCUGCUGCACCUCUUCCUGUGCCCCCAGGGAUCCCUUCAUGUGUGGAUUGACAUGUUCCCCCGAGAUGUGCCUCCCCCACCUCCAGUUGACAUCAAGCCUCGGCAGCCAAUCAGCUAUGAGCUCAGAGUCAUCAUCUGGAACACGGAGGAUGUAGUUCUGGAUGAUGCAAACCCACUCACUGGAGAGAUGUCGAGUGACAUCUAUGUGAAAAGCUGGGUGAAGGGGCUGGAGCACAAGCGAGACAUUCACUUCAACUCUCUGACAGGGGAGGGGAACGUCAACGGGCGCUUCGUGUUCCACUUUGACUACCUGCCCACCGAGCGAGAGGUGAGCGUCCGUUGCCGGCCUGGACCCUUCGCCCUGGAGGAAGCUGAGUUCCGGCAGCCGUCUGUGCUGGUCCUGUAGGUCUGGGACUAUGACUGCAUCUCCGCCAACGACUUCCUUGGAUCCCUGGAGCUGCAGGUACCGGACAUGGUGUGAGGGGCCCGGGGCCCCGAGCUCUGCUCCGUGUGGCUGGUCCGGGACGGGGCCGGGCCGAGGUGUAAUCUGUUUCGCUGCCGCCGCUUGCGGGGCUGGUGGCCUGUAGUGAAGCUGCGGGCGCCGGAGGACGAGGAGCGGGAGCAGCGGGAGGCUCAGGCUGGCAAGAAGAAGAGGAGGAAGAGGAGGAAGGGCCGGCCAGAAGGCUUAGAGUUCUCGGGCUCAGGAGGCAACGUCUACAUCCUCACGGGGAAGGUGGAGGCAGAGUUUGAGCUGCUGACGGUGGAGGAGACUGAGAAACGUCCAGUGGGAAAGAGGCGCAAGGAGCCGGAGCCCUCGGAGAAGCCCAAGGGUGUGGGCGCCGCCCCAAAACCUCCUUCAACUGGUUCGUGAACCCGCUGAGGACCUCCGUCUUCUUCAUCUGGCGCCGGUACUGGCGCAUCCUGCUGCUGCUGGCGGCGCUGAUCACCGUCUUCCUCCUCCUCGUCUUCUACACCAGGCCAGGCCUGAUCAGCCAGGUCACCGUCCACCCCCUCCACCGCCCCUACCUGACCUUGGACACUCAUUCUGUAAUGCCAGCUCCUCAACUCCUGCCCCUGGUGUCCUUCCCACCAACAGGAACCAUCCUGGCGUUCCCUGCUUUCUCUGUGUAAACCUAACGGGGUAUCCACUCUGUCCCCUGAACACAUGCUGCAGAUAAUAAAUG